AUGAAACCUUCAUUGAACUUAUUCUUUUAGUAUUUGAUAAAUUAUUUGAAAAAGAAUCUUAAAUUACUAAUAAUUAUUAUAAUGGCUUUAAAGAAUUUAAUUAUUAUAUUCUUUUUUGUCAUAAUUCCAUAAAUAUUUAUAGAUAUUUAUGUUUUGAAUAGUUUAGAGAUGAUUUAUGGAAUUAAAUUAUUUGAUUAUUUCGAUUAUUGUAAAUAUAGAAAUGAUUUCAGAAUCAAAAUUUUUGAACACUUUUUAACUUUCGAUCGUAGUAUAAAUGCUUAAUAUAAAUCU